UAAUAAUUAAUAAUUUUUUUUAUUUUUUAUUUGUGUUAGAAAAAGUAUUUAUUAAAUUUUUGAAGGGAAAGAAAGAAAGCACUUUGGUGAAGAAGGGGUUGUUUGUUGUUCUUGUUCUUCUACCUUAUCCCAUCUUCUUCUUCUUUCUCUCAUUCCCUUUCCUCCAAAUCAAACCCCAAACCCCAUUUCCCCAUUCCAUCCCAUCACUUCACCGGAAUCUCAAUUCCCAAUCCCAAUUCGUCGACAUCCCACAUGGACGGGAACAACAACUCCAACUCCAACACCACCAACCCAUCAUCAUCCAUUAACACCCAACAACACCUCCAAACCUCUCCUUAUCCCGCCACCGGAGCCGGCGGAGUUGUCCCGGCGGCGCCGGCGCCAUUUCACCACCUCCUUCAACAACAGCAGCAACAUCUCCAGAUGUUCUGGACGUACCAGCGCCAAGAGAUCGAACAAGUCAAUGAUUUCAAGAACCACCAGCUUCCUCUCGCUCGCAUCAAGAAGAUCAUGAAGGCCGACGAAGAUGUACGGAUGAUAUCUGCCGAGGCACCCAUCUUGUUUGCCAAGGCAUGCGAGCUUUUCAUCCUCGAACUCACAAUCCGCUCGUGGCUCCACGCCGAGGAGAACAAGCGCCGGACCCUUCAGAAGAACGACAUCGCCGCGGCCAUUACCAGGACUGAUAUCUUUGAUUUCUUGGUUGAUAUUGUGCCUAGAGAUGAGAUCAAGGAAGAGGCUGCAUUGGGUGGGAUGGUUGGGACUACGGCCAGUGGAGUACCUUACUAUUAUCCUCCGAUGGGUCAGCCGGCCGGUGCUCCAGGUGGGAUGAUGAUUGGUCGACCGGCUGUGGACCCCAGUGGUGUGUAUGGCCAACCUCCGUCUCAGGCGUGGCAAUCAGUGUGGCAGAGUGCUGCUGAUGAUGGAUCCUAUGGCAGCGGAGGGAGCAGUGGUCAGGGCAAUCUUGAUGGCCAGAGCUAAAUGACUAAUUUGCAGAUGAUGUGCUGUGUGGUUUGAUGGAAGGCUAUAUUGAGUUGUGCACAGAUUUUCUCUUGGAAUUUUUAUUCCUUUCAACUGUAAUUGUUUAUCAUUUUUUUCUUUUACUUUAAUGGGAUGACUUAUUAAUUACUCCUUUGUUGAUUGUUUAAUGUGCAGUCUUUAAGUGUUAGGGUUCUCAUGUUGCUAAUGCUAACUGAGAUGAUUAUGAUGGUCAUAAUUUACCAUCUCUUUUUUUUAAUUGAAACCUGGUACAUUCUGAGUA